AUGACGCUAGCAACACGUUUUGCCGCUGACAUUGGAAAUAGGAAGAUUCCAUAUCGCGAAUACAUUCCACGCCGCAUGACAAGGAGCGACCUUGCUCGCGUCCUAGAGCGAGCGGACGAGUACAGAACCUUCACCAAGUUCCUCGAGCUUCCCACUGAGCUUCGCGUUCAUAUCUACCUGCUGCACUUCGCCGAUCUUCCUCCGGUUCCUAUUUCCACGGAGUCGCCGCCCAUCACGCAAGUCAGCAGCCUGCUCCGCAAGGAGGCACUCCCUCUCUGGUACGAGCCGAAGAAGCUCAUCGUCAAGUUUGUCCAAUACUCGAACGGGAGGUUCAGGUGUAGCGGAGCCAGUGUCUUGCUGCAUGCCCCCAAGAGCGUGCUGCCACACGUCAGAGUCUUCCAAGUCUGCGGCUCGGUUCAAUCUCUCGAGCUGUGCUGGGAGGUUCGAUUGGCGAAAGAGGAAAAGAAAGAAAAGCAAUUGUUCCGCAAGGAGAAGGAGAAGGAAACGCCGCCCUAUGAAGUUAUACAACGGCAUGGUCAGACAGGCUAUGCCAAGCUUCUACGCGUCGCGAACACGAUGGAAUUACGUCUGAGAGGAAUCAUCGAUGAGCGCUUGAGAGUUGGGGGAUGCUUUCAGCCGCAGAAUCUGGAUCAGGAGACAUUUCGAAUGGUCUUUGUUCGAGCUCUCGCUCAGUACAACGAAUAG